GCUUUUUGCUAAUCUCCGAAGGCAGGUCGUUUGCAUUUUUGCGCAGAAGAGUCUUUCACCACCACGAUGAGAGCGGGCGACUCGGAAUCUUCGGCCGUGCUGGUCUCUGUCCUGCUGUGUAUAUGCGGAGUGGUUUCAAUGGGACAGAAUGACACGGAACCUGUUGUUUUGGAGGGAAAAUGCCUGGUCGUGUGUGAUUCGAACCCAUCCGCAGAGGGAGGAGUGACUUCGUCGUUUGGAAUAUCUGUGCGAGCGGCUGGUGCAAAAGUGGCAUUCUCUGCCGUCAGGGGAACCAACCACGAACCAUCUGAGAUGAGUAAUAAGUCCAUGACCAUCUAUUUUGAUCAGGUACUCGUGAACAUCGGCAACCAUUUCGAUCUAAAGGCGAGCGUAUUCCAAGCUCCCAGACGCGGCAUUUAUAGCUUCAGCUUUCAUGUCGUAAAGGUUUACAACCGACAGACAAUUCAGGUAAAUCUGAUGCACAAUGAGUACCCAAUAAUAUCGGCGUUCGCUGGCGAUCAGGACGUCACGCGCGAGGCAGCAAGUAACGGAGUUCUACUUCACCUGGAGCGCGAGGACAGACUCUAUUUGAAACUGGAGAGAGGGAAUCUUAUGGGCGGCUGGAAGUACUCCACAUUUUCUGGCUUUCUCGUUUUCCCGCUUUGACUUCCAAACAUUACAGAGCACCCCUGUUGAUGAAUGACGAGCAUGGCGUACCAUCUGUUGUGAAAAGAAACCGUUACCUGCGGACAAAUUCCAAAGGAAUUUUUAUUGUUUUAACAAGAUUAUAACUAGUACAGCUGUGUAACGUUUCUCUGCCACUGGAUUCGGGAGCGAACCAAACUUUAUCGAACAAGGAACCCAAACUGUGUGCGUAAAGUGUUGUAUAACGACUGUGUUUAAAUAACAACUGCAAUGUAGGCAUAGGUUAUUGUUUCAAAUACUUUUUUGUAUGCAAAGCAUAUUUUGCACGGAUUGUGAGUUGUUCAGUGCUUGACCUUGACUCUUCCUAUAGCCAAUACUGGUCCACAUAAAUUUGUGUUCAGGAACACAAUGUAGCAUAAAGCAUUUCUUUUCAUUGCUGUUGCUCUGCCUAUUGCAAUAUCCUACAUUUUAAAUCACUUGAAUGUAUAUACCAGUAUCUUGCCAUAAACACAAUGAAUGUAAUCAUUUGUUCUUUUGUUAAAUUCAACAUAAACAAAAUUCGUGAGAGUCUUGGCCUAUAUUUUGUAAAAUAAAAACGAAUACGUUUAAACAC